GCCCACACAACAUCACGUGAUGGUUUCAAUCAGGGAGGAGAAUGGUCCUCUUUGAUGUAGCCGAGUACAGCUUUCUUUGUCCUUUCUUUCUCUCUCAUUCCUCCGCCCUCUCUUUCUUCCUCCUCUAAAGCCAAAGAAAAAGGCAAACAAGACACUUUAAAAAGAAACCAGCACUUCUGGCGGUUUUUAGUGAUGUCAUCAGGCUAUCAUCAUAGAUUCAUGUCAACAGGAGGAGGACCAACAGGACAAUCUACAUCAUCAUCAUCACGAACUGCUGAAUUGUUUAGGUCAGAUCUCAUAACAGCAAUGAAGCUACCUGACUCUCAUUAUCUUGAUUCAUCCAAUUACGUUGAAAUCAGAGACCAAUGGAGAUCAGAAUGGGAAGUUGGAGUGCAGGUUUGUGUUAGUCCUGAAUCAAUACCUCAAUCAAGUGUUAGGCAAUCUUCGUUAGAGGAAGUCAGGGAGGAACAAAAAUUUGCAAGACCUGAUGAGUUUUUCUCUGAUGAAGUUAAUUCACAACUGACACAAGAUGAAGUAUUACUCAAAGGUACUUAUGAGAUUGAUGAGCUAGAUCAAGCUUGGCUACAGUUAGUCAAUGAGAAGAGAAAAUAUAAAAUAUUGGCUGGUUCCAAUGGUAUUACUGAGAAACUAUUAAAAUCAUCAAUAAUGACACUGGAAAAGAAAUGUUAUUAUAAUAUGAUAAAGGCACUGGCUACAGAAGAGUCAUUGAGGAUUGAGUACGACCAGUCGAUUGUCUGUGACGUUUGUAAAGACCCCGAGCGUGAAGAAGCCAAUGAAAUGAUUUUCUGUGACUCAUGCAAUGUCUGUGUUCACCAGGCGUGUUAUGGUGUCCAGUUGAUCCCUAAGGGCAGCUGGUUGUGUAGACCUUGUACUAGUCAGCAGUCGCGACCUUUUCAGUGUCUACUGUGUCCUAAUAAGAAUGGAGCCAUGAAGAGAGUCAAACCUGGUAAUGGUUGGGCCCACAUGUCCUGUGCUCUCUGGAUCCCUGAGGUCAAGAUUGCUAACAUUGACAAGAUGGAACCAAUCACUAACAUUGACUCAAUACCAGUCAGUAGGUGGAAUUUGAUGUGUUGUAUAUGCAGAGAGAGAAAUGGAGCUUGUAUCCAGUGCUCAUAUCCUACUUGUGUAUCAUCAUACCAUGCACACAACUUUACGUAA